GAUCCAGUCUGGUUCGUACCUCAGCACCGGUUGGUUCACUCUAAUCCUGGCCAUGGACAUGUGUAAAGAGAUCCACGUCUAUGGCAUGAUCAACGACACCUACUGCAGGUCAGAGGGGUACCGUAGUCCGCACCACUACUAUGAAGCCGGUAGUCGUGAUGAGUGUGCAGAGUAUCUCCUCCACGAGAGCGCUCCGUACGGCGGCCACCGUUUCAUCACAGAGAAGGCCGUCUUCGCCAAGUGGGCCAGAACACACACCAUUAAGUUCUACAACCCGCCAUGGAAACUGUCGUGACCCGGAGGGACCGCAGAUAGCCGGGAGGUCUGGAGGAGGGCCAUUAUUGAUGACAUCACACAGCCGUGUCCACCUCAUCAUCCAGGGACAGGGAGAACGCAGGGCCGCUACCGUUACACCAGAGCAGUGUCCCAAAUGACACCCUCUCCCCUAUAUAGUGCACUAUCGGGCCCUGGUCAAAAGUAAUGCACUAUAUAGGCACGUCUCCCU